UGUCGUCGUCAUCGUCAUCAUCAUCGUCGUCACUGGUGAUGGUAGUAUUAGUAGUGGCGAUGGUAAUGGUGGUAGUGGUAGUGGUUAUGGUGAUGGUGAUGGUGGUGGUGGUUAUGAUCGUAGUGGGGAGAUUGGUGAAGGAGCAAGAGCGUGUCCCGUGGCGAGCACGAGUAGGGUGGGGGUGGUGAGUUGCAGAGGAGAGUUGCAGAGGAGAGUUGCGGAGGUUAUGCCGACCCGGGCCGCUUCCGCGGAACACGCGGCCUGCUCAGCCGCGGCAUUACGUCGCGCACCGUCGACCGCGACUGACGUUAGUCAGUAAAAUUGUUCACGUUGUUAUACUAUAUUAUUAACAUUUUUUUCCUCCACGCCUCUGUGUGUAUAUUUAUUUUUAAUUGAUUUCAUUCGAAGUUAUAGAGAAAAAGAAAGAAAGAUAGAAUAAAAAGAGACAGGAGAAUCAGUAGUGAUUAGAUUAACGAUUCAUAUUAUACGCGAAAACGAUUUCGGUUGAUCAUUGUAAUAAUAAUAUUAUAAGAUUAUGCAAACUUUUUAGUGUUCGGAGUGAUGAUAGUGUAGGACGAUUAUAUCCAGUGAGCCACGUGCUUAGUGAUUCCCGCGCAUUUUUUUUCUCUUUUGAGUGACUUAUAAAAUAAUAAAAGAAAAAUUUGGUUAAAAAAGACUUAUUAUUUAUUGGUUAUAAGUUAGUUUGAAAAAGGGGCUGAUUAAAUAAUAGUGAUUCGAAUCGUUUGAUGAGAGAUAAAGAAAAAGGAGAUAUAAUUUUGGUGAAAUGGAUAGAGAGGAGAUUUUGAUUAGAUUUUAAAGGAUGUAUCGGUGAACCCAAAGGAUGCGCUCGAUCGGAGAAGACGAAUGCGCGAGCGGAGGGCAACGUGGGGGUACCUGUUGGUAGCAAAGUGGUGGUCGCUCGUCGACGGGUCGACUAGAUCGGCUCCGUCGGUAAGGUCCGCUUGAAGUAAAGGUCACGACGUCUCGCGCGGAGGAUACGUGUUUGGUGGGUGACGAGGAGCGGCUACUGGCCGAUGGGAUGCAUCUACCGGUGGGUUCCGUGGGCUGCGGGGAGAAUUACGGCACCGUCGGAUCUCAGGAAGGCGCCGGCCCGUGCGGUCCCUCCCUGGCACCCCUCCAAGGGGUCAACACCAGGUACCAUCAGGGUGACGACGGCGAAAACGGCGGUGGUGCAGGCGAAAUGAGCGAGAGUGCCGCCGUCGGCGAACUUUGGUGGACCGAGAGACUCGUCGGUGAGGCACAAGCUGAACAUCCCGGCGAACUCGUUAGAACAGGUUCGCCGUACUUCCUCUGCAGUCAAUUGCCAACUCACUGGAGAUCCAACAAAACCCUACCAGUGGCUUUUAAAGUAGUAGCCCUAGGCGAGGUUGGCGAUGGAACCCUCGUUACUGUUCGCGCUGGUAACGAUGAAAACUGUUGCGCUGAAUUACGUAAUUCGACUGCACUUAUGAAAAAUCAAGUCGCCAAAUUUAAUGAUCUUAGGUUCGUCGGUAGAAGUGGAAGAGGAAAAAGCUUUAGCAUCACGAUAACAGUCUCGACGAGUCCACCUCAGGUAGCAACUUAUACCAGGGCGAUCAAAGUUACCGUCGAUGGACCGAGAGAACCACGUUCGAAAACGAGACAACAGCAUCAACAAUUUCGAGCACUUGGUUUGGGUCAAAGACCAUUCUUGGAUGCACCAAACUCGUUCACCUCCCACCUACGAGAACUGGAGUCCUACAGGAGGAAUAAGCAUCACCAUCAUCACAGCAGUCACUUACACGGACAGCAGACUGGCAGCAACGUCACCGCGAAUUCGGUUAGCGGUGCCUGCUCCAACCCCAACAACACCGACCCAACCGCAUCGCCCGCUUCCAGUACACACCUCGGAGCUACCGGAGGAGGUUCCUCUAGUACUGCUCAUCAGGAUUGCUACAAGCAUAGUCCUCAACACGGUGACACAAGUACGAGCACCACUGAAUGGUCUUAUCCAUCGACAGCUCCUUCUUAUCCAGCUCCACCAGUAAGUAGCGGUGGAUCGUAUUCUCCAAUUCCAGGUGGUGCAUUCUCUUAUCCCGGUGAAUCCUUAUCUCAUCAUCCAACAACGGAACCUGUACCAUUACCAACCGUUUUACCACCGGAGAGUCAACAGGACACCUACACUCCAAACUGCGUUUCCAUGUAUCCCGGUCACGGAACUUCGUCGACGUCGUUACCUCUGAUACCUGGAAAGCCUAGUGACCCUGAUAUCUUCGCAGGUGGUGGAACAGGAAGCGCAAGUCCAGGAUAUCAUUACGGUUCCUGGACACCUGGACCAGCUACGCCGGUACCGGUUGCCUCGCACAACUACAAUCCUAAUUAUCAAGGCUAUUACAAUAAUCCAAGUCAAAAUUACAUAAGUCCGGCCCCUAUGGUUCUUUAUCCGCAGCUUUACAGUACGGUCAAUCAGAAUCAAAUUCAUUUGCAUCUACACGGUGAUCUUAGCGAUGAACAAGUAACCAUUGCUGGUGGUAAUUUGACCAUCAGUAGUAAUCGUCUUGAGAUUGGUGUUCUCGGUGAAGAAAACGAACAAAGGAACGACGUUUGGAGACCUUAUUAAUUCAAAAGCAUAAUUUUAAAAGAGAAAAAGAAAGAAAAAAAAACAAGGAUUUAACGAGAUGUUUCAUUGUAGGACCAAUUUGUUUCGUACUAUGUUGAAAAUGUCAUAGUGAAAUAUGUUCGGUGAAAGUGUGUGAGAAUAUGAACGAUGAAAGAAAGUGUGUAUUUAGGAUAUUUUCUAUUACCGACAAUUCUUUCUAAUAAUCAACGUAUUGCGUUUGUGGGAAAGGGAGGGGGUGGGAGGUAAUUGGUCAUAAAUUUGUUUUAAGGAAAGGCUGUUAAUCGAUACGAUUGCUAUAAAUACGUACGAAAAUUUUCGUUGUUUCUUGUAUAGUGCGAGAGUUCUCGCGAAAGAAAGAAAAAAAGGAAAUAAUAAAAAUACUUAUAAACUAUCGUAAGUCAAUCUUGAGAAUCUGAUGUUGAUUGAAAAAAGACUGAAUAUUCAUGAUGUCAGAUUUCAAGUAUUAUCAAAGCUAUUAACACGCUAUCUUAUUCGAUAUUAUUCGAAAAAGGGAUAGGAAGAAUGUGAGUUCGUUGGAAGAAUAAAAAUACGAAAAAAUAAACAAGAUAAUAAAUAAAUAAAUAA